UUGCAUACAAAUUCGUUGCAAAUUCUCUCAAAUCGAAAGCUCAGAUCAUCCGUAUAUUGAUUCAGUUCUGGAAAAUGAAACUCGAUCAAAGAUUAUGGCUUUUGGCAUUGGCGUCGAUCUUAUUCGUUGCCCUAGAAGCGAAAACCCUCGACCCCUACAAGAUUCUGGGGGUCGAACGCACUGCAACUCAGCGCGAAAUCCAGAAAGCUUUUCACAAGCUUUCACUUAAAUAUCACCCUGACAAGAACAAGAACAAGGGUGCACAAGAGAAGUUUGCUGAGAUCAAUAAUGCUUACGACAUCUUAUCGGAUGAAGAGAAGAGAAAAAAUUAUGAUUUGUAUGGAGAUGAGAAGGGUCAGCCAGGAUUUGAUCCUGGGAGUGCUGGGAAUCAAGGAGGGGGAUACUCUUACUUCACGAAUGGUGGACCUGGGAGAAAUGGUGGAUAUGGAUCUAGGCCUGAUGAAUGGCAAAACAUGGAUGGGCAAGGAAAUUCCAGAUCAUUUUCUUUCUCUUUUGGAGAACCAGGAGGUAGUUCGUUUGGUUUUGGAUUGAAUGACAUUUUCUCCAAUUUCUUUGGAGGCAACAAGGAUGGAGGAAGUCAGUCUGGCAGUUUCAGUAGUUCUUCCAGGUCCCAACAUGGAUCGAGAAGUUCUCCUGAGAGCAUUCGUCCAAUCAACUCCAAAGUUUAUAAGCAAGAAGUAAAAGAUAAAGGGAUAACAUGGUUGUUUCUUUUUCAUGGUCCUUCAAUGAGGAAGCAUGAUUAUGAAUCUCAUGUUGGGGAGGUUGCUAGAAAAUUGGAAGGAGCACUGAAGGUUGGUAGCAUAGACUGUGGAGCUGAAUCAUCCCUCUGCAAGGAACUGGGAGUGUAUCUGAAUCGUUCUCCUAAGGUGUAUGUGUACUCAUAUAGAACCAGGGAUGAUGCAUCUCUGGUGGAGUAUAAUGGGGAUUUAACUGUGAAAGAUUUGAAGAUAUUUUGCCAAGAACAUCUUCCAAAGUUCUCAAAACGCAUAGACUUGAAUCGUUUUGAUCCAUCUUCCAGCUCUUCAGAAAAAUUGCCCAAGUUGUUGCUUCUCUCAACAAAGAAAGACACCCCUAUCAUAUGGCGUGUGCUUAGCGGGUUGUACCAAAAACGCUUUAUCUUCUAUGAUGCUGAGAUUCGUGAUGUCUCUGACCCAAUGUUAAGAAAGCUAGGGGUAGAUACUCUUCCAGCUAUUGUUGGCUGGCAAUCCAAUGGAGAAAUGCAAGUUCUGAGAACUGGAAUUUCUGUGAAGGAUAUAAAGUCAGCUGUUCAAGAUCUUAGUGCUUUACUAGAUGGAUUCGAGAAAAAGAAUAAGAAGGCAGGUUAUUCUAGUCAGUCCAAAAAACCGGAGUUUGAACAGAGUGAUGAACGUGUAAAAGUUCUCACGGGCAAUAAUUUUGAUGAUGUUUGUGGAGAGAACAUUCCUGUUUGCAUAAUUGGUGCUUUCAGGUCGUCAAGGGGAAGAGAGAAGCUUGAAUCUGUUAUAUCAUCGGUUUCUCAAAAAUCAUUCUUAAGAAGACAUAAAACGGCUUACAAUGUGAAGGAUCCUGUGUCUUAUGGUCUAGUGGAUGCUUCAAAGUAUCCAGCAUUCUUGAACUCAUUGGAAAAGUCUGGAUUCAGAUCACAAGACAAGAUCUUGAUAGCAUACAAACCCAAAAGGAGGAAGUUUGUAUCUUUUACAGGCGAUUUAACAACUGAAGCAGUGGAAAGGUUUGUUGCUGAAGUUCUCAAUGGCGAUGUUGUGUUCACAAAGACAAGGCAGAGGCCAGAGUUCAAAUAAGAUUAUUUUAUUACUUUUUUGGAUUUCGGAGAAGUGAACCAAGUUUUGAGUGUGUAUAGUCGAAGAGAAGUUGCAAUAUAAGGUAUUUGUAAAAUGGUUUGGUUUGGUUCAGUUCAGCCAUAGAAAUAGAGCUCCUUUAGUAUCAGGAAGAAGCUGUCUUUGAAUAGUAUGUGUAAAGUAUUAAACAGUUUUGUGAUGAAAAUUUAAAAAAAAUAGCAUCUGGGUAAUAAGACCAGACAUCCUUUGAUGGAACCAACAGAUUUGCAGAUUUAUUCUUUUA